GAGACGGGCUCUGUCCGGCGCUGGGCCCGCGCGGUCGCCGGGCGCGGGCGACGCCGACGGCAUGCCGGUGAAGCGGCUCACCGCCGAGCCACCAGCUCUUACAGAAGAAGAAUUUGAAGAUUCUUUGGCAACAGAUGACUUCCUUGUGGACUACUUUAAUGAAUUCCUAAGCCUUCCAACCUUUUCAGAGGCAAUUAGAUUUAAUGGGGAUUAUGGAGUUUUUGAAGUAAUUAACGAUGCUCCACAACUUCUGGAAAAGCAACUGAAAAAAAUUCUACAAAACCAGCAACCUCGAAAUCCCAUCUAUGAUGUUGUAAGGAAAGGAAAGUAUGAUGUUAAACCUGUUCAAAUCAAUGCCCCCUAUAAAGAUGAGACCAUCAAUGUCAACUACAAUAUUAUGUGUCUCAGUCGUGAACAAGGUAUUAAAUGGAUCAAAAAAGAAAGACUCCCAGCAUUUCUGGAAAGUGAUUGCUAUUUUGAAUAUAGGUUAGCCAAAUUGGUCUCACAAGUUCAAUGGAGCAAGUCAGGUGUGAAUUUCACACUAGGUACAAAUUUUUCUCCCUGGAUCCUGAACAAACCACCCAGUCCACCACUGCCUGCCACUGAAGAAGAUAAUCUUAUAAUUAUGAAAAAGUUCUACAUUUCUCUUGGCGAGGCCUCUUAUACUCAAACAAAAGAUUGGUUUACACUAGCAAAACAAAGUCAGCAAACAGCACCAACCUUUUCAUUACUCACUCCUGUACCACACAGAAAAAUCGAGUCACCAGUUAUUUCAUCUGUUUCUGAGAGUUUUAUCUUUAAUGAUGGAGUUCACCCCAGGACAAAGAAGGACCCAUCUAAAACUACUAAAUUAAUCUCUGAAUUUGAAGAAGAAGAAGAAGAAGGUUCUGUAUGUCUACAAGAUACUCCUUCUCAUGCUCUUCUGAGAAUGUACCUUGAAAAGCAACAAGUUGAUGAAAGCCAGACAUUGCAUUUCUCAACAUGUGAAGAAUUUUUAAACUCCUAUGUGUACUUCAUUUUGACAUCAGCAAUUCAGCAAAUUAUUGGAGAGCCAUUUGCAGAAAUCCCAGGCUAUAUAGACUUCAGCAGUAUCACACAGGUGUCAUUUGAUGAUCGGUUUGAAUGUUUCUCUGGCAUAAAUUUUUUAAGAGAAUCAAUUCAAACCCCAAAGGAAAAGUCAGAAGAAAUAUUAGAACAAACAAGUUUAAGUUUGAAGAGUGAGAGCUCUGGACCAGAGAGCAGGGCUGACUGGUGUAUUUCUCAUAAAACGUAUGACAUUGGCAAUAGAAAAAAGUUUGAAAGAUUUAAGAAAUUUGUAAAAGGUACCUUAGGAGAGAGAUAUUGGUGGCUAUGGAUGGAUAUUGAGAGGUUAAAAGUUCUUAAUGACCCUGGAAGACUUCAAAGACAUCUUGAGAAGAUGAAAAGAUGCUAUCUAGUGAGCAGUGGAGAAUACUACCUUUCUGCAGAAAUCUUAUCAAAAUUUAAACUGUUAGAUGGAUCUCAGUGGACUGAAGAGCAUUUAAAAAAUAUUCAGUCUGAAGUUGUAAAACCUUUACUUCUUUAUUGGGCACCAAGAUUCUGUGUUACUCAUUCAGCCUCAACAAAACAUGCUAGUGCUGAACUGAAAUUCUGGCACCUCCGUCAAGAGAAACCAAGGAAGGAUAUUGACCCUUUUCCACAAAUGGCAACCCUCUUGCCACUAAGACCUAAAUCUUGCAUUCCACAGAUAUCUGAGAUCCAGAAAGAGGAAUUCAGCUUAUUACAACCUUCUAAAUCUCUCAAGAAAACACCUAGAAUAAAAACAGCAACUCAAAAACCUGAGAAGAGUGAGUCUUUGUAUCCAAUUUCUUCUAAGAAUGAUGUGAUUGAGAAAGGGUCAAGGCACAUGUCAGAAAGCAAAAUUAUUCAUUUAACAUCUUUUACUGACAUUUCUGAAUGUCUGAAGCCCCAGCUGGAUCAAAAGUAUACUUACACAGAAGAACCCAAGGUUAAAACCAUGUUAGAUGUUGGAACUUUGGUAGGAUUUGACAUGGAAAACUUGUUGCAAUCUUUGUAUGUAGAAAGUAGAGCUGGAUUCUUCUUUACUAAAUUCUGUGAGCGUUCAGGGAACAAGUUGUGGAAGAACAGUGUGUACUUUUGGUUUGACCUACAAGCUUAUCAUCAGCUUUUCUAUCAGGAAACACUUCAGCCUUUUAAAGUAUGCAAGCAAGCACAAUAUCUUUUUGCUACGUACAUUGCUCCUUCGGCCACUCUUGACAUUGGACUCCAACAGGAAAAGAAAAAAGAAAUUUAUUUGAAAAUACACCCACCAUUUGAAGACCUUUUUGACACAGCAGAAGAAUAUAUCCUUCUCCUCCUUCUUGAGCCCUGGACAAAGAUGGUAAAAUCAGACCAAGUUGCUUAUAGAAAGGUGGAGCUAGUGGAAGAAACUCGACAGCUAGAUUCCACAUACUUCAGAAAGCUACAGGCUUUGCAUAAAGAGACAUUUUCUAAGAAAGCUGAGGACACCACUGGUGAAAUUGGAACUAGUGUUUUGUCGCUCUCUAACGUCUCUAAACGAACAGAAUAUUGGAAUAAUGUUCCUGAAGAAUACAAACAUUUUACUUUUAAUGAUCUGCUUAACAACAAACUGGAGUUUGAACAUUUCCGCCAGUUUCUUGAGGCUCAUUCUUCAAGCAUGGACCUUAUGUGCUGGACAGACAUUGAGCAGUUCCAAAGAAUAAUCUAUAGAGAUCGAAAUCAAAGGGAGGCAAAAUCUAUAUACAUUAAAAACAAAUACCUUAAUAAAAAAUAUUUCUUUGGACCCAACAGUCCAGCUUCUGUACAUCAGCAAGACCAGAUAAUGCGUUUAAGUGGUGGCUGGGGGAAGAUUCUCCAUGAGCAGCUUGAUGCAUCUGUUCUAAUUGAAGUUCAGAAGCUUGUGCUAAAUAGGCUAGAAAAGGUGUGGUUGCCAUUGUUUCUUGCAAGUGAACAAUUUGCAGCACGUCAAAAGAUAAAGGUACAGAUGAAAGAUAUAGCAGAAGAGCUCUUACUACAGAAGCAUGAAAGGAAAAUCGGGAUCUGGAAGCCCGUGGAGAGUAAGUGGAUAUCUUCAUCUUGUGAAAUCAUUGCUUUUCGUAAAGCUUUAUUGAAUCCAGUUACUGCAAGACAAUUUCAACAUUUUGUGGCUCUAAAAGGAGAUUUAUUGGAAAAUGGGGUGCUUUUUUGGCAAGAAGUACAAAAAUAUAAGGACUUGUGCCAUUCUCAUUGUGAUGCAUCUGUCAUCCAGAAGAAGAUCACCACUAUUAUCAACUGCUUCAUUAAUUCCAAUAUUCCACCAGCUUUACAAAUUGACAUUCCAGUAGAGCAAGCCGAGAAGAUUAUUGAACACAGGAAGGAGUUAGGACCGUAUGUAUUUAGAGAGGCACAGAUGACAAUUUUUGGGGUUCUGUUUAAAUUCUGGCCUCAGUUUUGUGAGUUUAGGAAGAACUUAACUGAUGAAAGAAUUAUGAGUGUUUUAGAGAGAAGACAAGACUAUAAUAAGCAGAAAAAGAAAUUGGCAAUCACAGAAGAUGAAAAAUUUGGAAAGGAUGGAAUCAAACAAUACUCAAGUACUUCAGGGUCUGCUACCAAAACAACGGCUGUAGUCACUGAUUCCUUCCUAGGCCUGCAAGUAUAUGGCCGACAGCCAACCUGGUGCUACUCAAAGUACAUAGAAGCCUUAGAACAGGAGAGAAUUCUUCUUAAAGUCCAAGAAGAACUGGAAAAAAAGUUGAUUACAGGUACAACAUCUCUCACAGGUUUUAAGACUACUACUGCUUCAGUCAUGUCUUUGAAAAGGAAUAUGGCUGCCCUAAGUCCAAAGUGACAGCAUUCAUGUGUGUUUACAUCCUGCCGCUGAUAAAUGCAAGGAAUUCUUUAACCCAAAUUUAACUGACAUGAGAAGCUGAAGUGAUUUUUUUUUUUUUGAUGGUCUGUAUAACAGCAAGCCUAACAUCUAAAUAAUGUUUGGCUUGUCUUACUCCUACAGUUUUCAAAGUACAGCUAUCCUGUAUACAUGACAUAUAAGACCAUAAAACACUUUUAAACAUUUGGAAUAAAACCACUACUAUCUAGGUUAGAAGAAUCAAAAUGCUUUGCUUAUUACCAUCCUUAAGGAAGUAUAAUGCUAUGCUCCUCAAGUAAUCUUUCAAUAAAUAUUCCUUGAGCAUUUACUAUAUUUUGUUAGCAGAUAUAUUCAGCAGGUAAUUAGGGGACAAAUGUUUCCAGCAAUAAAUUGACCCAAAACAUAAAGGGAAGAGCCUUCCCCACCCCAUCCCUAACUCUAAAAGAACUGUAUAUUAAAGUGAUGGUUCCAAUACUUUAGUGUGCUUAAGACUUACUUGUGACAUUUGCUAGCAAUGCAGGUUCCUGGGCCCACUCCCUGAGAGUCUUAUUCAGUAGUUCUUGGGCAGGACUCAGGAAUCUUCCUCUUUAAUGGACACCCUAGGUGAUUCUGAUGCAGGUUUUCCACAAACAACUCUUUGAGAUAAACUGUUAGGGUAGCAAGAGAAGAGCCUCAAAAGCUAAAAGCCCUCUUAUUAACUGGAGCUACACCUGUGGCAAAGAGAACCCAAACAUACAUCCUCCUAUUCUUUCAGGAGAGAAUGUGUAAGAAAUGACCUGGCAGGAUCAUCUGUGGGCCUCAUGAUUUAGGAGCUUGACCUGGAUUACCAGAUUGGAAGCAUUGGACUUCCAGUCUUAUAUAAUCCCAGAAAGUAUUUUCAAAGUAGAAACUGCCAUUCCAAAUUCUCUAAAAAGAUAGACAUUUUAAAUGGGGAAAGAGAUCAUGUUUUUUCAAAAGGAGUAGUUUUUGGAUGCUUUUUUUUAAAUCAUUGGAGGCUUGUUGUUCCCCGCACUCUCACAGUGUCCCGUACCCUACAGUGGCCAUGAAGUUUGUUAACUGCUUUCCAUUCAUUGCCCUUGGCCUUUCUUUUUUUGUCUUCCAUUCUUGUUUUGGUUUCUAUGGUUUUAAUUGAGCAUUUUAUGUGAUUCCAU